AUGGAAACUGACUCAUUUUCUCCUAUCAGUACACAUGAUUAUAACAAUAAAGAAUCUGAAGGGGUGGGAACAAAAGGUCACUAUGAAGCACAAUGUCGAAAUUGUCCAAAGAAAUAUCAACGUGCUGAGUCAUUAAUAAUGGCGAAUCAUAUAGCACUUCAUUGUCCUGGUGUAAGUAAAGAAAUUUCUCGCUUUUACAUUCAACAAUGUGCUGAGUGUAAUGUAGUUCAAGGUGAAGAAUCAGUCUUCAAGUUCCAAAAAACAUAA